AUGGCGCUUUCUGGGGUGCGUGUCAUUGAGCUCGCGGGCCUGGCUGACUUUGGCGCCAAGGUGAUGGACCGGACCAAGGUUAAAAUGGCAAUGGACAUGCAGGGUCGAGGCAAGCGCUCGGUGGCGCUCAACCUGAAGAGCCCAGAGGAAGUAGCGGUGCUGAAGAGACUCUGCGUUAUAUCAGAUGUCGUGCUUGAACCCUUCCACAAAGGAGUUAUGGAGAUGCUGGGCCUGGGUCCAGAGGAGCUACUGAAGGAGAACCCUCGUCUGAUCUACGCAUGCCUCACCGGCUACGGCCAGAGUGGGGCCUACGCCAAGGCUGCUGGCCAUGACAUCAACUACCUCGCAAUUGUCAG